AUGGUUGUUGCACCUCGCCCACGGACCUUCGCGCAGGCAAAAGCGGCUGGCUGCCACCGCCGCCCAGGCCCAGUUCCAGCAGAAGGGGACCGCCGCGUCAACGUCCGCGGCCGCCGCCGUCAAGAAGCAGGAGCGGAUUCGCCGACGGCGGCGGCGGCCUCAGCCCCCGAACCGCCACACGUGCUGCCACCGCCGGCCAAGAAGCCGAAGACGACUGUGCUGGCGGUGGCGGCGGGACGUCAGUACGGCCGGGUGAGCGUGUUCAUCAAGCGCACGAUGAUGGAGAAGCCUGGGCUCUCCUCCAGUACCACCCGCCACAACGCAUACCGUGCCAUAGACGAGGCCCACGGCAUGACGAUGCUCGGCCGAACCUUGCGUGUGCAGAGAUCUCAAGCUCGCCGUGAGAUCGCCAUUCUCCGCACCGACGGCCUCCAAGCAAACUACCACGAGCUCCUCAUCGCUACCCAUGCAGAGUUCAAGCCUUGGGUAGAGAAGCACGGCAUCGAAUCUGCGGAAGUCGCAGGCGAUCCAGCAGAGCUGAUGAGGAUCUGUGUCGAGAACGGCAUGUUCACGCCAUCAUUCAUCUUCGAAGCAAACUCAACCUACCACAGCUGGAUAGACAUUCUUUGCCAGACUCGUUGGGCUGCCUGA